UAUGAAAUAUACUUACGACUAAGUGAAAGGUGUAGUAUAAGAAGAAUAAGGAGGCGAUAUGCAACAAAUUUUUUCAUUUUUGUUGGCAUUUGCAGGAACUUGGAUGAAAGUAAAUGAAUUUUUAAAGGAUAGUAAAAAGUAUUCAUCUGGAUGGCAUUUUUUUUCUUGUUAUCAUCUUGUGCAACAAUGAAGACCAGAUCAGCAAACUACAUGCAAAUUAUAUUGAAUUUUGGGAUAAUUGUAAUGGGAUUCCUAUCAUUAUAUGUUUGGCAGCCAAAACAUGAGAUGUUGUUGCAACAAUAAAGGGAAUAAACAUUGUAAUAAAAUUGAU